ACCCCUCGAGCACGGGGGGAGCCACACAGCCAGGCGCACACACUCGAUCCCACACUCCCCCGCUCCCUCUCGGCACCGCGGCGAGCUAGCUAGCUAGCGGGGUUGGUGGAGCCGCUCCGCGCUCAAGAGGGGGAAGGCGACCCACGGUGGCGGAGGCAGGGGAGACCACCAGGCCGGUCGGGCCGGAGUCCAGCAGCAGCGGAGCGGAGCGGGCCGACCUCGUCCCGGCCACCCCUGUGCCCAUGGCGGCGAGCGGCGAGGGGGGCGGCGACGCGUCCGCGGCGGCCCGGCGCCGGUGGGAUCUCAGCACCAAAGGGGCGGAGAACAUUCCAAUGGUGAAAGAGGCUGCGGAAAUCUCUACAGAUGAAGAAUCAGAUGGUGUUGUUAUAUGCCCACCAGAUGGCAAUACUCGUGAUUGCGAGGAAGUUGUUAGCGGUAGUGAUCAUGAUAGUUCUCCAGAGGGCCAAGUAACUUCUGUAGAACCGGCCAUAGACGGAGAAACAGGGGAAGACAAGCUCAUAAACCAAGAUUCACUGAAGUUGAUCGAUCAAGAAAUGUCUGCUCUGCCUAAGUCACCAACAAAGGCUAGUAUGUCUGGAUCAGAGAAGUCCAAGCGUACUGUUCCUCAACCAUUCGCACUUUCAACUCAAAGAAGGGCUUCUGGUGGAGGAAAUGGUGCUGUGGCUCAUCCAUCCAGUAAUGGAGAAAAAUCUGGGCAAGGAAGCAGUGCCUCUCCAGCAAGCAUGAUAAAGAAGAGUACUCUGGUGACACCGAAGAAGAUGUCGCAAUCUGGCCUUACAUUUCAACCUCAAGAUGACGACUCCUGUUCAGUGACUUCUUCAACCACAGCUUCAGCACGAGCUGGCAGAACUAAGACAACCGUUGCCUUUGCUCCUACAUUUGUAUGUGACGACCGUGCUGACAAGAGGAAAGAGUUCUACACGAAAUUAGAAGAGAAGCACAAAGCUUUGGAAGCUGAGAAGAAUGAGGCUGAAACAAGGAAAAAGGAUGAGCAAGAAGCGGCUUUAAAACAACUAAGGAAGUCCUUGGUCAUCAGAGCAAAACCCAUGCCAAACUUCUACCAAGAAGGGCCCCCUCCAAAGGUUGAGCUUAAGAAGGUGCCUCCAACCCGUGCCAAGUCACCAAAGUUUACAAGGAGAAAGAGCACCGGCGACGGCUCACCGGCGACCCCGGAGGCGGCAAACACCAGCGCUGCAUCUCACAGGGCGCAUCGUCACAGCAUGGGGAACCCUAAAGACGCCAAGAAAGCGCAGUGCUCGCCGAAGAGCGGCGUAGGCGCCAAAGCCAGAGCUGUGAAACCCGUGAGCUGAAGGCCCUCUGAGAAGGAGGACCAUGGAGCAGCCAGACAAGCUCGAAUGUCGCUGUACAAACCCUAACUCAACGUUGUCUCCGCUGUCGUUGUGUUUCGCGGUUAAGUUGAUUCAUGUAAGGUGGAUGUCAGUCACUCGGUCGUUUGAUGCCCUCGACGAACAAUUUGAGAGCUGAACUUAUUGCAUUGCCCCGCUGGAUGUUUGCUUGCCUGGGUGGUUUGCUGAUUUGUCCCAUGUUCCAUGACCCCAUCUUGUCUGGUGUUGUGCUCAUGUUUGUAUUAUUGUCAUGGUUUGAAGUUUGCAAAUUUGCUCGGAGUA